CAGGCAGCAAAGACACACCAAUAUUCAUCAGAAGCUACUCGGGCAGAGAUCGUCCAGCAAUUUCGACGUGUUUUCGAUGAUCUGGAGCCGUAUGACUGGCAGGUCGAUGUCACGGAGGCCUUGUUGCUUGGAAUGGACUGCACGGUGAUCGCUGGUACGGGUGCGGGAAAGACCAUGCCAUUUGUCAUGCCUCUGCUCUUGGACCAGAUGAAGAAGAAGAUGGUUUAG